CUGAUACUCUCCCUUUAAGUGAAGAUGAAAGCUGUUGUGUAAUUUGGGUGAAAGAGGAGGAGGAGGAGCGGACUGAAUGGAGGACAGCUUCCUGUGACAGAUCGAAGAGGACUCGGACAGGAAUGUGCAGCGAUGGAGCUGAUAAUGCUAUCAGGAGGUAUUCUAGUUGUCCCCAUCCUCGCUUUCAUCACCUCCUUCCUGUUCUGGCCUGGAGCGCUCCUUAAGGCCUACAACUGGUUUUUGCGUCUCAGGCUGGGGCUGGUGGUCCGCUACUCUCACAGUGGAAGUUACCGCUUCUGUUAUGCCAGCCGGGGGACGCCAGGAGGCACCACGCCAUCACUGCUGCUGCUGCACGGCUUCUCCGCCAGCAAGGACAUGUGGCUGCCUGUCAUCAAGCAUCUCCCCAGAAGCCAGCAUGUGGUGUGUGUGGACAUGCCGGGGCACCAGGGCACGAGUCGCACUGGUGCCGAGGACUACAGCAUUCAGGGCCAGGUCGGCCGAAUCCACCAGUUUGUGCAGAGUAUCGGUCUGGAUAAAAGACCGUUCCAUCUGGUUGGGACAUCGAUGGGUGGGAACGUCGCAGGGGUGUACGCUGCACAUUACCCCGAUCACCUGUCCAGCGCCACCUUGAUAUGCCCUGCAGGCCUGGUUUAUCCCACAGAGUCUGAGUUCAUCAUUCGGCUGAGGGAGUUGGAGAAAAAUCAGAAGGAGGAGAAUAGUCGGAUGGAGGAGUCGAUUCCUCUGAUCCCCUGCACUCCUCAGGAGCUGGAGGAUAUGCUGAAACUCUGCUGCCACACCCCCCUCAAGCUCCCCCGGCAGGUCCUGCGCGGUCUCCUUGACAACAGGAUCCCCAACAAUGGCUUCUACAAAGAAGUGUUCAUGGAGAUCGUCGGGGAGAAGUCUCGGCACUUGCUGCAGGAAAACCUGCAUCGGAUCACAUCACCUUUGCAGGUCAUCUGGGGGAAGGAAGACAAGGUGGUGGACGUGUCGGGGGCGGCGGUGCUGCAGGCGGCGGUGCCAAACUGCCAGGUGGCUCUGUUGGACAACUGUGGUCACUCUGUGGCGUUGGAGCGGCCCAGGAAGGCCGCCAAGCUCAUCACAGACUUCCUGUCUGCGCAGGAAGUCAACGGUGAAAGCGCUAAAAAACAUUCCUGAAGAAAACUUUUGAUUCACAUGUCAACCCCUGACCUCACGAUGGAUGAAGAAAGCAAGGAGAAGGAAGGUUGUGAUGAAGAAUAUCAGUAUAAUGGGAUAAGACUUUUCUACAACAAAGUUUAAACCUGAAAAUUAAAUUAACGCACAAAAAUGGGACAAAAUGGCAAAUAUUCCUGAAUUUUUUACACACCAUGCAGGAGGCUGUAGUCUCUGUUUUAGAUGCUGUGGUUGGAUGAAAACAUUCCACGUUGGGAUUUUGCACAUUUCACUUUCAGACAAACUUUAUUUCAGCCUCUUGUGUCAUGUGAGUGACAGGUGUUUGUGUUUGAAGUCUCCUGCUGUGAACCAACUGUAUAUUUAAUAUAUUCAAAUUCAGAAUGACAAAGAGGCAAAUGAGAUUUAUUUUACAAAAAACAUUAGAUAAAUAAUUUCUGCACCUGUACAAAGAAGACUAUGGACUACAUAAAUAAAUCUUUUGAAGGAGAAUAAAAUUUGUUUCAUGGA